AUGGCAACAGACACCACGACAUCUGACCGUCCUGCGCUCGCCGCUGAGCAUACGCAGUUCGAAAAGUCUCUAAGUAUUCUAGAGACUUUGCGGUUGUUCUGGAGGAGCAGCUUAUGGAUUGCAUAUGGCCAGGCCGUGGUAUUUGGCUACGGUAUUGACGGGAUCAUCGCAAGUUACCUCCUUGCCGUCCCUCAAUUCCGGUUUGACUACGGUCACGCUUUUGGCGAAGGUGCUAGCGUAACCUACAUCAUUCCAGCAACAUGGCAAAGCCUUUAUGGCGGUGUGGCACAGCUGGCCGCCGUAAUUGGUGCCUAUUGCACUGGGUGGCUCGCCGACAAGAUUGGACGCAAAUACACGAACCUGAUAUCUUGUUCUAUCAGUGUUGUAGGAGUCGGCAUUCAAUACGCGUCUAUCUCACGACAUUCCCUCGGCAUCCUGACCGCUGGGAAAGCUAUAAAUGGCAUUUCCAUCGGGAUGUGGCUAGUCAUCGGACCUUUGUACGCAUCUGAGGUUGCACCUCUGAAGCUUCGCGGUUGGCUGACCGCCAUCACCAACAUUACCCAGUUCAGCGGCGUGCUCUUAUUCACUGGCAUAAUGUACCAACUUGGACCGGUUGCGUCGAAGAUCGCCUACGAAAUACCGAUUGCUUGCCAGUGGAUCAUUCCAUCACUCGUAAUCCUGACCAUCAUCUUCUGGCCUGAGUCUCCUGUAUGGCUCGUCCGUAAAGGAAAGACAGAGCAGGCUAUGCGCUCUCUACGGACUCUGCAUGGUGCAGGUGGAAAGAUCAAGCUCGAUAGGAUGCUUGCCCAAAUCGAAGAGACCGUGGCAGCCGAAGCAGAGAACAAUCAGGAACCCUCUUACAAAGAGUGUUUCGCAAAGAAAGACCGCCAUCGGACCUUGAUCAGCAUGUUUGUUUACGGCUGCCAAUAUCUUUCUGGUCUCGUUUUCGUGCUGGGCUACCAAUCCUACUUCUACCAACUCAUGGGGUUCAGUCCCAAGAAGUCAUUUUUGCUUGGAAUGCUCAAUAAUAUCAGCAUGUUCAUCGCUAAUAUCAUCUCUUGGUGGCUGCUCAGUAUCAUCGGCAGACGCCCACCGAUCGUUUGGGGCCAGCUCAUGUGCGCGAUCACUCUUUUCAUCAUUGGAGGCACGUCGUUGAUCGGUACUUUCAAGGGCUAUGUAGCCACCAUUGCCUUCAUGUUUCUCUGGGGCUUCAUCUACCAGAUCACUCUCGGAACUGUUGCUUGGACAGUCGUUGGGGAAAUAUCUUCGUAUCGCCUCCGUUCGCGUACUCAAGGCCUUGCCAACAUUGUUCUCAAUGUAGUGCAGUGGGUAGUAGGAUUUUUGUUUCCAUAUAUGUUUAAUCCUGAUGCCGGCAACCUCGGGGGCAAAGUCGGCUUCAUCUUCGGAGCAACCACCUUUAUAGGCUUCAUUGGCUGCUGGCUUUGGCUGCCAGAAACGAUGAACCGAACCGCUGCAGAGCUUGACGAGUUGUUCGAGCGGGGCGUCAAUGUUCGCAACUUUGACAAGGCAGAGACCAAUGUCGAGAAGACAGCUUGA